GAGUACUUCUGCAAGAUGGAGAGAAAGAAACAAGGCUGUAGCAAAUCUAAAGAAAGCAUCAUCUUUAUUUUGCUGCAUCUGAUUGAAACACUGAUCGUCAGGAGGUCUGAGUUCAAUGCCAGCUGUGUUUAACCCAAAGUCAUGGCAUCACCACGGCUCUCAGUCCUGCUGCUGUUGGCCACCUUGCUCUUCACGCUGUCAUGCAUCACCAGUAAUGCUGAGGAACACCAACUAUCACAAAGACUCACCUAUGUCAACCCUGUUCGCAAAUACAGGGACCGCAGAGCAAUACCAUGCAUGACAGACAAAACAAAGGAGCUCAUAAAAUCUAGCACACAGGUAGCAUCCACCUCACUGAGAGUUGCUGCAGACGCUUUAAAAACACGAGGGGUCAAAGAAGCACUGAGCCUAACUGCAAGCUUUGCCAGUCUUGCGCCGGGUAUCGGCACCCUGGUUGCAGCGAUCAUCAAUUUGGCUUUGGCCUUUGUUCCUGGAGCAGACCCCGUGAAAGACAUGCUCAAAGACAUCAAUCAGAAGUUGGAUUCCAUUUCCAAGCAGAUUGCUGACCUCAAAACCGAUGUUGAGUGGAACACCUAUGCUAGUGCCUACUCUCGAGACGAAACAAACAUCAUCAACUCCUGGAACGAGUUCAACAAAUUCCGUCAGAACUGCGAGAAAGAAUCAAACUGUGAAAAACGAAAGCUUGAACUUGCCAACAAAUUUGUUAGCUUCUAUGAGAAUACAGCUACAGAAAACAGUGUGGCUAGGCUCGUCUUUUAUUUGACCAACACAGAGACAUCUCUAAGCGCCAACCUGUUGCACUUACUGAAAAAGAGGCAUAAGUGUGAUAUUAAAGAGUUAAACAAGUACAACGUUUUUUUGAACAGCUUGCUGUGGAGAGGAAUGGUGCUGAACCAGCUUUACUAUAAACUGAAGGGCUACGACACCGAAGACAAGGAAGCAGAGUAUGUGUCCCAGUUCAACAAGGUGAUAGAAGCCCAGAGAGAUGUUGUGGCAAGCUGUGCUGAUAGUUACCAUGGAGACAAAUGUCAGAAUAAUGUCAGCGUGACUGGUAAGGAUCUUGAGGUGGUGUUAGACAAGCCCAUCCCCAGCAUCAUCACAAUUCACGAAAAGCUCAUCAAGAUGAACACAACGGUGCACACCAGGCUCUGCACGCUGGACACCAAGAUGGACACCCAGAUGUGA